ACGGCGGUCUUAUUCUUCACAUCCUGGUGGCUGUGUUCACCUUUAUCGGACUCGCCAUCGUCUGUGAUGAAUACUUUGUCUGCAGCUUGGAUAGGAUCUGUGAAGAACUGAAGCUGGCGCCUGACGUGGCUGGUGCAACUUUCAUGGCCGCCGGUAGCUCCGCUCCUGAACUUGCAACUGUUGUUAUUGGAGUGUUUUGCGCACAGGAUGAUAUUGGUGUGUCUGGUGUGAUCGGGUCAGCGGUGUUCAACAUAAUGUUUGUUAUCUCCGUGUGUGCUCUGUGCGCCGGGACCGUGAGCCAUCUCAACUGGUGGCCUCUCUGCCGCGACUGUUUCUUCUAUGCCCUCUCUAUACUUGUUAUGCUCUGUACUAUCGCAAAUAAAUACGUCUCCUG